AUGGACAAAGUCACGCCUGAAAGGGGGGUCCACGACGACCAGGGAGAAGGAAAUGUCAAAGACGACAAUUCGACCAACCUACAUGAUGUCGAACAAGGGGAUGAAGUCGAUACAGAGACAAUCGAUCGCAUCUAUAAAAAAAUUGAUUGGCGAAUCAUCCCGCCAUUUUGGACUUUGUAUUUCCUUUGCGCAGCGAUCCGUUCAAAUAUCGGGCUAGCCCAGACCAUGAACAUUGAACAAAAACACGACCUUGGCAACGAACUCAACAUAUCUCCGCAACAAGUCUCAACUAGUUUGGCUCUGUUCUAUGUCUGCUACGUGCUUUUUGAUCUGCCGUCUAAUCUGAUUAUGACGAGGCUAAGCCCUCGGGUCUGGAUGAGUCGCAUUGUUAUCAGCGUUGGUAUCAUUGGAUGCUGCUUUGCUGCGGUCAAAGCUGCGUGGAGUUUAUAUUUACUUCGGCUCCUCCUUGGAAUUGUCAUUGCCGGCAUGUGGCCAGGAAUGGCCUAUUAUCUCACUCUCUUCUACCCGCCCUCCCGCACCGGAAAACGGAUAGGCCAAUACUUCACCGCAGCGCAGGUAUCUGCCGCAGUUGUCGGUCUCGUCUCUGCAGGCUUCCAGGAAAUGGACGGCUUGAAGGGCCUUGUCGGAUUCCAGUGGAUGUUUCUUCUAUACGGCAUCGCAGGCACUCUCACCGGAAUCAGUCUUCUCUGGUGGCUUCCAGAACGGCCCCUGCCCCCUGGACAAAAAUUGCCUCCAAGACGACGAUAUUUAAGAUGGAUACCUCAAACGCGUCCGGUACUUAAGGGACGAGAUGCGGAGAUACAUUACCGUGAUUUGAAACGUGUUUACCACAGCACCCAAUGGACCAUGCGAGAUCUUGCUGGCGUGUUGAUGGACUGGCGGCUGUGGCCUCUUACGCUCAUGUACUUUGGCGUCGUUGGCGUGGGAAUCGGCGUGCAGAAUUACGGAACCGUUAUUAUUAGAGGGGCCAAUCCGUCACUUACGGGGGUUCAACUAAGUUUACUAUUCGCUCCAAUUUGGAUUAUGGACCUCAUCGCCAUCGUCCUCGUAACCCCUUUCUCCGACCGCUUCCACCACCACCGCGGCAUCUUCUUCAUCGUCCCCGUCCUCUUCCAAAUCCUCGGCUUACUCCUGACAACCUAUGCCGGCUCCGUCACGAACGCCUGGCCCCGCUACGGCGGCCUGCUGAUCGUCGGCUUCGGCCUCGGCCCUACCGUGCCCAUAACCAUGACAUGGACGAACGAGCUCUUCCAACCACGCCACGGCGAGGUGGGCGUCGCCGCGGCAUCCGCUCUGGUCUCCGGCCUGGGCAACCUGGGGAGUAUCCUCACCACGUACGCGCUGUAUACUGGCUGGGACAGCGACCGCCAGGCGACGGGGAUGAAGAAGUAUCGGAAGAGUAAUUUGGUUAUGAUUGGGAUUCUCUGUAGUAGUGUUGUGGCCGCGAUUACGUUGGAGGUGUUGUUGAGGAUAUUUGGAGGGAAGAAAACAGGGGCGGGUGGGGAUGUGGAUGGAGUGAAUGGCGAUGGUGCAGCUAAGAGAGAGGUGGAGCAGAGAGGACUGAAGGGAUUAUGGCUUCUGAAGCUGUUCGGGAAGUAG